AUGCAUGGAGAGCUGUUGCAGGUGGAGAAGGAGGAAGAGGUUUUUCUGGUUCCAGAAAGUGAGGAGCAGGGGGAGGAGGUGGCGGCCUCUCAGGAAAAAUUCAUUGCUGGGAAGCAGAAUGUGCUGGAUUGGGAGGACAUCGUGAAGGUUGUGGAGAUGCGAGGUGAUGGGCAACCGGAGUCAGGGGCUGAAGGAAAGCAGCAAGAAGAGAAGUCCGAAGAGUGGACACAGCCUAGUCUGGGCAGUGCAUUUUACGUGCAGAAUGCAGUAUGCAGGCUCCUUGAUACAAAGCAGUUUGUCAGCCACCCUCAGCAGUCAGCCAUGAUCUGUGAGCAAGAUGAAAAGAUGCUCAGCCACAUGAUCAAUUUGAAGGUGGAGGAAGUCAGGCACGUCAGUGAUUCCUGCAAAAUUUUGCUGUUCUUUCACAAUAACCCCUACUUCUACAGUAAUAUGAUUGUGAAGGAGUAUCUCAUUACCCUCCAAGGAUACAGGGUGUCCCACUGCACUCCCAUUCAGUGGUCUCAGCAUUAUGAAGGAGAGGUCUACCGGCACUGGCACCAAAACAGCAGCCUGAACUUCUCCAACUGGUUCUCCAACCACAACGUGGUAGGGUCCAGCAGGAUUGCAGAGGUGGGGUCUCACCUGCAAUGCCACAAUGAAGCUGCUGUGUUUCCUUUCGCUGCUUGA